AUGGGGGAGGCGGAUGCUGUCAAGGAGAUGCCCGGUUUUGCCAAGUACUUGAAAGACCUGCUGACCAAGAAAAAGACAGUGCAACAUGAAACUCUGAGUUUGACUCACACUAUGAGUGCCAUUAUUUCAACAACUACUAUCCAAAAAAAUGAAGAUCCCGGGGCGUUCACCAUUCCGUGUUCUGUUCGGUACCAUGAUUUUGCUAGUGCUCUGUGUGACAAUGGGGCGAGUAUAAAUUUGAUGUCACUUUCUAUCCACAAGCAAUCACAUUUGGGGAUGCCGAGGCCAACUAUUAUGAGAUUACAGAUGGCUGAUAGAUCUAUUAAGAGGCCGGUUAGCGUGGUUGAUGAUGUUCUUGUGCGGGUUGGUAAAUUUAUGUUUCCCGUUGAUUUUGUGAUUCUUGACUGUGUUGUUUAUCGGGACAUUCCAAUUAUUCUGGGGAGACCUUUCCUUGCUACGGGAAGAGCUCUGAUGGAUUCGGAAAAGAAUGAAAUAAAAUUUCGAGUCAAUGAUAAGGAAGUGACUUUUUAG